CUCUCUUACACUCUGCAAAGUGUAAACCCUCAAAUCUUUCUCUUUCUCUCUCUUUCGUGUUUGAAUUUGUAAAUCUGAAAAAGCGUUACGCUUCGAAGCUACCCAAGUUUGAAAGUUUGAAACUUGCUUUUGAAUCUGUAAUCACUUCAUCAAAAGCAGUGCAGGAUUGAAGGUAUAACUGUCGUCUCGAUCGCUGCAAGGAUCCAAUUCUUUCCGGAGAAGAUGAUUUGAUCGGUAAAUUAUCAGAAGAACUACAGAAGAGGAAGGUUUUGAUUAUUAUUAUGGCUAUUCGGUCGAUUCUCUGUUGCGGAAAGGGAUUUGAUAGGAAAGAAGAAGAGAAGAAGAAGCCAGCAUGGAGAGUUUUCUCUUUGAAGGAAUUGCAUUCAGCUACAAACAAUUUCAACUAUGAUAACAAGCUUGGAGAAGGAGGAUUCGGAAGUGUAUAUUGGGGUCAGCUAUGGGAUGGAUCUCAAAUUGCAGUUAAGAGGCUGAAGGUUUGGAGUAACAAAGCAGAAAUGGAAUUCGGCGUAGAAGUUGAGAUACUAGCACGAGUUCGACACAAGAACUUGUUGAGUCUUCGCGGCUAUUGCGCGGAAGGACAAGAACGUUUGAUCGUGUAUGAUUACAUGCCGAAUCUCAGCUUGCUUUCUCAUCUUCAUGGCCAGCAUUCUUCGGAUUCUCUUCUUAAUUGGAACAGAAGAAUGAACAUCGCCAUUGGAUCUGCUCAAGGAAUACUCUACCUUCAUCAUCAUGCGAUGCCUCAUAUAAUCCACAGAGACAUUAAAGCGAGCAAUGUCUUGCUAGAUUCAGAUUUUGAAGCUCGUGUGGCGGAUUUUGGAUUUGCAAAGCUAAUACCGGAUGGAGCAACACACGUGACCACGAGAGUGAAAGGAACGUUAGGUUAUCUAGCUCCGGAAUAUGCAAUGUUAGGGAAGGCGUCGGAGAGUUGCGAUGUUUACAGCUUUGGGAUUCUCCUGUUAGAGCUUGCGAGUGGGAAGAAACCGAUUGAGAAAGUGAAUGUGACGACAAAGAGAUCGAUUACUGAAUGGGCUCUUCCGUUGGUUCGCGAGAGGAAAUUUGGAGAGAUUGUUGAUCCUAGGUUGAAAGGUGAGUAUGUAGAGGAGGAACUGAAAAGAGUAGUGUUUGUUGGACUGAUUUGUGCUGAUAGUCUGCCUGAGAAGAGACCGACUAUUCUCGAGGUUGUCGAGCUUCUAAAGGGAGAAUCGAAGGAAAAGUUUGAGGCUUUGGAGAACAAUGAAUUGUUCAAGGCUCCUCCAAAGAUCGAAGAGAAAACCGGAGACGAUAGCAUCCCAUUGGAACAAAAAGAAGUUCCUGGAAGCUGAACUAAAGCUUAGUUUUAAAACUAGUGAUUAGAAUCUAAAAAAAACUAGAAAGUGGUAUUUGGUGUGUAUUUUUUUUUGGUUUGUUUUUUAUUGACUUCCCCUUGAUUGUUUUUCUUUUGUGUGAACAGUGAGAUGUUUGUGUUCUUUGAAUGGAUUUGGAAUUUCUUUUAAC